CCUAGACAGAAGUUAUGCUGAGGUGGUGAAGGGUAUGCAAGAAAGAAAACCGAUAGAGGGAAGCAAAACUCUGCUUAAUCAAGAUCGGGAAAGAAGGCCAGCGAGAAGCAGAAGUAGAACCAAACCUGGACAUCGAAGCUCCGGAUACAGAAAAGUUUGGCAGGAAAGAGGAAAGGGAGAAAACUGGGCAAGAAUCGAAUAUAAUAUAAAGCUUGAAGAAUAUGCAUGGCUAAAGGGAUGUUAUGUGGGAACGGUGCAUUCCGUUGAGAUGGUUCGAAAUCUUCAGGAGAAAUUUUACAUGGAAGGUUAUUUUUCCUAUCGAAUUCGAGCUAUGGGUGGCAAGAUGGUCCUAUUAGAUUGUGAAGAUAAAGAAGAACUGAAGGACCUUGUGGAAAUGGCUUCAGAUUGGCUAAGCCAAUGGUUUGAAGAUGUGUGCCCAUGGACACCAGAAGCAAUUGCUAAUGAGAGAUUUGUAUGGAUCAAAUGUCAAGGGGCACCAUUGAAUGUAUGGGGACCGAAGUUCUUUGAAAACAUGGCCUGUUCUUGGGGAAAAUUCAUAUGCCUUGAUGAUACUACAAGCAAAAGAAUGAGAUUUGAUAUUGCAAGAUUCUUGAUCUCCACUCCGAUUAAGAACACAAUAUCAGUUCUUCGACAAAUUAAAAUCAAUGGGAUCAUUUACAAUGUGAAGUUUUCAGAGGAGGAAUUCACCAACAGUUUCUUUUCUUUGAAACAAGACUUCUUACUAUCAUUCCAAAGUGAUUCAGAAGAGCACGAAGUAUGGUCCACCGAAAGUGAAUGGGAGAAACUAGAAGUUCACAUUGUAGAGGAUAACGUGGAAGCUAAUGGAAGCAGUACUCAGGAAGAAGAUGAUGAUGUGGCGGAUGGGUAGAAAUGGGGAAAGGAGAAGCUUCGAAAACAAGCCAAAAUGGGGAAAGAGAAAAUGGUAGACACAAUGGAGGACAGCUUGGACCAAUUUCAAAAUUUGAAUAAGGCAGAAACUAGAAU